AUGGUGUACGAUAUUGCUAACUCGCGAAUAUUUCGAAGACGAAGUUCGACAUUCACAGAUCCGACGAAUGUUUUAGCAGUACAGGAAUUGAGAUCGAGAAUACUACAAGAUCCGGUAGCUUCUGCAAAGCACUGUGCCGAAGAUAUUCAUAGAAUACGUCACGAGGAUUGGUGGCUGGACAGAUUUCUAGGAUCAGUCAAUUAUGAUGUAGAUAUAGCCUAUGCCAUUAUUUUAGAAUGCUUGAAGUGGAGGAAGAAUUUCGAUGUAGAUAGAAUCAGUCUUCUCUCUUUGAAACCACUACUAGAUAAUCAACUAAUGUAUCUUCACGGAAAGGAUUUGCAAAACCGACAUAUAUUAUGGAUCAUGAUGAGCAAAUACAAAAAUGGCGAUGACGGCUUCGAAAAGCUGUUUACAUUUUGGAUGGAGCGUCACUAUAUGGAGUACAAGGGAUGUCAGCCUCUGACCAUUUUUAUAGAUAUGAGUGGUACUGGACUCAAGAAUAUGAGUUUCGACGCAAUGAAGUUCAUAAUCCAUUCUUCAAAGUAUUACUAUCCCAAUGCGAUUGAAUCUAUUCUAAUAUUUGACAAUCCAGCAAUCCUGAAUGCUUCUUGGAAAGUAAUCGGAUCCUGGCUCGAGUCUUCAGCUGCGACGAAUCAGCGACACGACUUACUCACAUUUGUCACCAAGCUCAGUGUCACUCAUUACGUACCAAAAAGUCAUCUGUUGGAGCAUCAAGGAGGCACCGAUACUUUCAAAUUCACGAUGGACGAGCUUGCCAAAUGCCUUCCGCCGCCACCACCUCCAAAACCUUCACCGAAACUACUACAGCAACGAAUGCAUUCUAUCGAUGAUACUACGAAUAACAAUGUUACUGAAUUCGAUUUCUCAUCGUUUCAAAAAAGAAAUGUCAAAUUCGACGAAGAAUCAGUAACUAAAAGAGCACCAUCUUUGUCUCGACGAUCGAGCCGUGGGCCAAAAGGCAGAAAAUCACACAUCCCACCAUCGCUGCGACCACUUAUCGAGAACCGAGUUAACGCACCAAGUGACGACUGGUCAUCUAAUGAUUUUGUGUCAAUAACGCCUAGAGAUGAGUUGCGACUCGAAAAAGUCGAUGGUGAAAACGAUCUUCUCGAUGUGGUACUUGUCAAGAACCAGUCAUCUGAAACACCUAUCAUGUUCAAAUUCAAAACAACUUCGCCGGAAAAAUUCCGCGUUCGUCCUAGUUCAGGGAUCGUUCAGCCUGGAACCACUGAAAUAAUCCGAGUUUAUUUGCAGUAUGAAUAUCGUCAUUCAUGGAGCAAAGAAAAGUUUCUACUUCUAACAAUGGAAUCUUCCUCAACAGAUCUUGACAGCUUUUCGGAUCAGUUCAAAAAUGCAAUAAACAAAGCAGAAUUCAAAUUCAAAUGCAGACUAUCAGAAAAUGUCAAACUUGAUCAGCCAGAAGAAAGAAGGUCCAGCUUCCUACUCCAACAACAGCAACUACAAGAGAAUCGAAAAGACAGAUUUUCAAUUGGAGGAAUCAACUUCAAUGUUCCAUUGAUUAUUCUUGUACUCUUCCUAUUUUUAAUAUUCCAAUUCUUCUACAUCAUGCAAAUGAGAUCUGAUAACGCCUUAUUGAGAGAGACACUUAUUACCCUCUCGGGACAAAUUAAGGAAGCAAACGUUCAGAACACAGAACCUAUUGCUGAGAUGGUUAAAAAUGAAUUGUAG